AUGUGCUCCCGCGGGUCCUCCUGCCACAGCCACGAGACCUCCUGCCACGGCUCCCGCUCCUCCUGCCACGACUCGGAGCCCUCCUGCCAUUACACCAUCCAGAGGGUCCCCGUGCCCAAGUACACCUACGUGACACCGUGCUGCCCCCCGGUGCAGACCUUCUGCCCCCCAGUGCAGCGCUAUUGCCCCCCUGUGCAGCCCUGCUGUCCCCCGCUGAAGACCUACUGCCCACCCAUCCCGUACUGCCCCCAGUACACCAAGAACAUCUGCAAGCUGCCACCAUCAUGCCCCAAAUACUAG